AUUCUAACCCUAAAUUAAAUAACAAAACAUAACCUCAAACAUUUUCUUAGUUAUUUUCUAUUUGAAAAAUCGAAAAAACUAAUACAAACAAUGAAUUUCGAUGUAUUGCGCGAAGAAUACAAGGAUACUUUUAUAACAGCGUUUCAAAAACACGAUGUUUCAAUAUUAGAAUUAAAAGUGAAAUCGUAUAAUCGCGUGGAAAUCGAUUUAAAAUCGCCUUUAGAUCAGUUAUUUCGCGAUGUUUUACUUGAGUAUCUUGAAAAGGAAGUUGAAGUAACCGUCCUCCAAGAAUUGGUGACUUUUUGCGUUGAAACGUGCCGAAAAGGUUUGACUACCGCUACAAUGCCCGUUGUGCUUCUUGGGGAUAUUUUCGAGUCGUUGACUUUGGAGCUGUGCGAAAAUAUGUUUACUUAUGUUGAAAAUGAGGUUAAUGUUUGGAAAGAGGAGUUAUUUUUUACUUCGUGUAAAAAUAAUCUUUUACGGAUGUGUAAUGAUUUGUUGCGGAGGUUAUCUCGAUCGAGUGCGACUGUAUUUUGUGGGAGGAUUUUGUUGUUUUUGGCGAAAUUUUUCCCUUUUUCUGAGAGAUCUGGGUUGAAUAUCGUUAGCGAGUUUAAUUUGGAAAAUGUUACCGAGUAUGGAACUGAAUCCAUGGAAGAUAAUAACUCGGAUAUUGAGAUGAAUGGCGAUAAAAAGAAUGUUGUUAUCGAUUACAGUUUGUAUUGCAAGUUUUGGUCGUUGCAGGAUUUUUUUCGGAACCCCAAUCAAUGUUAUAACAAAGUACAUUGGAAAUUAUUUUGUUCGCAUGCAACAAGCAUUUUGAGUACAUUCCAAGGUCUUAAAGUUGAUUAUAUUGCUAAAGAGGGUGGAUGGGUCGACACUAAAACUGGCGUUAGGACCGAGGCGCAUUAUUUUCCCAAAUAUCUUACCAACCAAAAAUUAUUGGAUCUCCAAAUUUACGACGUUAAUUUCCGAAGGUUUAUUUUGCUCCAAUUUUUGAUUUUAUUUCAAUAUUUGACCUCUACAGUUAAAUUUAAAUCAGAAAGUUUUGAAUUAAAACAAGACCAAAAGGAUUGGGUCCAAUCGACUACGGAAAAAAUUUAUAAUUUAUUAAAAGAAACGCCCCCCGAUGGGGAGGAUUUUGCUAAAAUAUGCAAAAAUAUUCUGAAAAGGGAGGAAUAUUGGAGUACUUGGAAAAAUGAUGGAUGCCCAGAAUUUAAGAAAUCGUUAAGCGUUGAACUUCCUUCCGAGCGAAAACCAACGGAACAAUUCUAUCUAGGAGACGCCAUAAAAGAAGCCACAAUUUCCGGGAAAUAUUACAUGGGAAACCCCGAGUUAACGAAACUCUGGAAUUUAUACCCCGAUAACUUAGAAGCAUGUAAAGCUAAAGAUCGCGACUUUUUACCAUCACUAGAAACUUAUUUUUCCGACGCAAUCGAUCAAAUCGAAUCAGGACUAGUCGUCCCCGACGAAGAUAACCUUUUAAAAGACGCCAAUUUCGGUUGGAGAGCUUUACGAUUAAUGGCUCGUAGAAGCCCGCACUUUUUUUCGUACGGAAAUAGCCCUCAAAGCCCACUUUCAGCUUAUUUACAAGCGAUGAUUAAUCGAAUUGCCGCCGAUCGCCCAGGUAGAGUUCAAGAUACUUCGAAUCAAAACGACGUAGAAUUAGAAGCGAACCUAUUUAAACCGGGCGAGGAUAUUAAAAAUAACGACACUGACACCGAUUUAGACGAUAACUUUAUACGAUUUAAAGUCGCCAUGUUUACAACGGGGCAGUUUGAUCAAUUUUGCGAGAAGAGUGCGUAUAAUUGGAAAAAAUUAGCGGCGAAAAUUGGGUUUAAACCGGAUGAGAUCACUUUCUUCGAAGCCGAGAACAAAGAUGAUUUUAGUAGAGCUAAAAAUAUGUUGCACGUUUGGUUUGAGGAUGACGAUGAUUCCACUUUAGAGAAUUUUUGUUAUUAUUUAGAAGGACUGGAAAUGUCUGAAGCCGUUGAAGCUGUCAAACAAACUAUUCUACAAAACGAAAAUUUAAUGAAUUAAUUUAUUUAU